AUGAGAAAUGGUUCAAAUGGUAUAUUUGGUGUUGCAACAACUAGUUCGAAUGGUUUUAAUACGACAACCGGAUUUGAUAAUUUAGAUAAAUCGAUUGAAUUUAAAUCAGAAUUUGGAUUUGGUAAUGGUAAAAAUCCAAUUGAUGAAUAUGAUUUAGUGGAAUUUGGUGGCGGUAAACCACCACCGGUUGAUUUUAGUCAACCGAUUGUAAGCGUAUUUGGUAGCAACACUCAUAUGCAAUCAACAGAUGAUCCUGAUAACAUAUCAACAGAUUUUAAAACAACAGAAAUGAUAACGGAACGAAUUGGUAGUACGAAUUCACCGAUUGAAAAAACAUUGUUGAAAUCAUCAUCACAACCAAUGGAAUAUUUUAGUCUAUCAUCACCGGCUAAUUCACAAUCAGUAUUAAAAAAUUCUGGAUUGAUUCCUGCAUUACCACCUUCCGAUUUUGAUGGUGAAUUUGGAACAGGAAAAGGUGGAGCAAUAUUAGGUGGUACAUUUCAUGGAACACAAACAGGAUCCGAUAAUAAAAUCGAAGAAUCGAUAUUCACCGGUGAUUCAGCAUUGACACCAAAUCGAUUUGGUCCAACCGGUGAUGGUCUUGGUCCACCAAUUCCAUCCGGUGCAGCUAUACCACCACCGGUACCAGCAGUUGGAAUUGGUGGUGCUGCAGCUGGUAUUUUACCAACAUUAUCAGAUCAUUAUCAUCAAACACAAAAUCCACCUACAACAAUUAAACCAUCAGCAUUAUUUAAUAUUCUAAAUAAAGCAGAUAUUGGUUUCAAUCAGGCAAUUAAUCAUUUUGAACAGGGUACACCAAUUGAAUCCGCUGCUAUUGAUAUUUUGGAAGUUGCAUUAGGUAGCGAAAAAUUGGAUAGUCAAGCUAAAUUACUUGGUCAUAUCGAUCGGACGAUUGGUAUUGAUAAUUUACAAAGGUUACAACGAUGGGUAAAUACAGGUGGUGCAUUGGAUGCUCUCAAAGAACAGAUUGCAAAUUUUGCCAAGAAUUAUACUAUACCAGAGAAUUUAUUGCCUACCGUACCACCGCAAUUCCAAUAUCUUUUUGCUCCAGGAAAGAAACGAUAA